AUGGGUGCUAACGGAAGUAGCGAAAUUCAAGUGAGUUUCAAUCGUCCGAAUCUUUUCUAUUUUGCUGGUGAACAAAUAGCAGGCAAUAUUUCAUUUCAAAAUACAGAAAAUAAAUUAGAAUUAGAUGCAAUUUUUCUUGAGUGUGUUGGUGAACUUGGAUAUUCAACACAGGAAGUGCGUCAUCGCCGUGAUGCAAAUGGAAAUCAACAAACUGAGCAUUAUACGAAAUAUCAUCAAGUACCAUUUCUAAAAUCUCGUGUUUCUAUUGUACAACCUGAAUAUGGCCAGCGUGAAAUAAUUCUCUAUCGUGGUCAGUAUUCAUGGCCAUUUCAAUUUGUUUUGCCUAAUCAAUUGCCUCCAUCAUUAAUUCCAUCAACAACCACAUAUCCUUAUGUUAAAUAUUAUGCACGUAUUGUUCUUGAUAAACCAUGGUAUAAACCAAAUGCUAAACAAGUUUAUCCAUUAACAAUUUUUCCUCGUGUUGAUCUUCGUUAUGUACCAGGGGGACAGCAACAAGUAUCUUUUUCAAAUGAAAAUCGAAAAAAGAUUCGAUUGCAGGGAUAUUUAAUGCGAGGCGGUAUUUUAUCUGGUGAAACACUUUCCAUUCACAUCCGUCUUGACAAUCCGAAACGAUCAGAAAUUAAAAGAAUAAAAGCAACAUUAAUUCAACAUCGACAAGUCGCUCGAAGUUAUCAUGCAGAAACUAUAUGUCGGCUAGAUUUACCAGACUUGCGUGAAUUUAAUGGUAAAGAAUUACAACGAAAUUUUGAUCUUGUUUUACCCGAGAUACGUAUGUCACCUACCUAUACAUACAUGUCACAAUAUUUAAAUCAAACACUUGGAAUUUCUAUCCGCUAUGAAUUGAUAUUGGAUGUAAAAGUACGUGGAUUAUUUACUGAUUUCAAAGUUAGUAUACCAAUCAUCGUCGGUACUGAACAAAUAUCAGCUGAACAGCAACCAUUUCGACAACCAAUAAACAAUCCGAUUGAAAUGCCCACAGCUAGUGCUCCAGUGUUUGACUAUGAGGAAUUACCACCAAGCUAUGAUACAGUAGUAAUGAAUCAGAAAAUUUAA